UGGGCCUGAGGUACGACUCCAGCCUGGCCAAGGUGAUCGGGACGACUGCGUUCAUGACACAGAACCUGCUGUACACCGGCAUCGCGCUGUAUGCACCCUCGAUCGUGCUCAGCAAUGUCACUGGUAUGCCCGACUGGGCAGCCAUUGUGCUGGUUGCCUUCCUCGGCACCUCCUACACCGCAUUCGGCGGGUUCCGCGCCGUCAUCUGGGCAGACGUGCUGCAGGCGGGCGUCAUGGUGGCCGGCGUGCUCGCCAUCAUCAUACAGGGCUGUCUCAACGUCGGCGGCUUCUCAGAGAUGUUGGACGUCAACCGGCUGCACGGGAGGCUGACGCUGUUCACCUGGGACUUUGACCCGCUGCAGCGUCACAACUUCUGGAACAUCUUCUUCGGCCAGCUGUUCAUGUGGACGUCCCUGCUGGGUGUGAACCAGCCGGCGGUGCAGAGACUUCUCAGCUUGCCCACGUACAGAAAGGCCGCCAUGACCAGUGUGUUCGGCGGCCUGAUGAUGUUCAUCAUGACCACGCUGGCCGUUCUCGCCGGGCUGGCCAUCUUCGCCACCUACUCCUCCUGCGACCCGCUGCGGGCCGGCGUGACGAGCCGCCGAGACGAGCUGGUGCCGCACUUUGUGGCCGACCAGCUGGGCCACGUGCCCGGCCUGGGCGGCCUGUUCAUCGCCUGCGUGCUCAGCGGCGCGCUCAGCACCAUCUCGUCGUCACUGAACUCGCUGGCGGCCGUCACCUGGGAGGAUUUCUUCAGGGACAGCGCCUGUAUUGUUGGACUGUCAGAGGCGGGACGGCGAUGGGCCGUCAGGGCAAUAGCGCUCGUGUACGGCAUAGCCUCAAUGCUGAUGGCAUUCCUAGCCAAGAACAUGGGUGGCGUUCUUCAGAUCGCCAUUGGCGUCUACGGUGGCUGCACCGGGCCGGUGCUGGCAAUCUUCAUACUCGCAUUGUUUGUGCCCUUCUCCAACCCGAAGGGUCUGACUGUGGGACUCCUGGUGGGCCUGGCUCUGGCCCUCUCUGCCUCGUUCGGAGCCUCAUUCGGCGGUGCUGCUCCUCCGGCCAUGCUGCCCACGGAGGUGGACGGCUGUGGCUUCAACAUCACGAUCCCAGAGAGUGCCAACGUCGCCACCAGCGCAGCAGAAAAGGUUGUGAGAAACAAGUUUUUCAGCAUAUCGUACAUGCUGUACUCCGUCCUGGGCUUUGUCGGGACAUUUGUGAUCGGCAUCAUUGUGUCACUUGUGACAGGUGGCAGCAAUAUUGAAGUGAAUCCCGAAAUGCUCAGCCCCGCAAUGUCGUGUUUCGCUCAGAAGGCAAAGUUCCGACUGCCUCACAGCAACGGAGCUUCCAACAACGCCUUCGAAAUGGAGAAGAAGUAGUAUGUGUGGAAAGGUUGUGUUUUACAUGCUUGUGUAUGUCACGCAUCCGCGGGCGGUGCAUUCCUCGAACUGUCAUCCUGAGCUGUCUACACUUGCCAGGGACCAAAAAACUAGGUCUGUUUUAUACCAGUACAUCUACACUCAUGUCUGAGAGUUGCGCAUGAAAACAAACUAUUUAGCUUUGUAAGACAAAAUGUUUUAUUUUUAUACAUGCAUACAUGACCCGUACAACAUUCAUCAAAAAUAUCAUUUCGCUCAAAUGGUAGGAUCAAGGUAAUAUUGGCAUGGAAUAGAAAAAAAUAUGGCAUGUAAUUGUAGAUGCAGGAUCGUAGGUAGAUCAGACGUGAACUGCUCCCGUGUGUAAUGUGUUGUGAUGUUCUGUCCAUUUUUGAGAGGUGAAUACCGUUCAGAGACAUGCAUCAUUAUUACAGAACAGUAACAUAAAAAGCUACAGGUCAGUUAAACAGUCAGCUAUCGAGUCAACUACCAUUAUUUCCACAAUCCUUGUAUGCAGGUCUUAGAUCAUCACGACACUCGUAUCUCACAUACAAUGAAAUGAAAUAUGAAUAAAACAAUAUUAGAGCAAA